UCAACAACAUAAGUAAUUUGUGUUUUCAGUUUAGCAAUUGUUGCUAUUUUGAUUUAUAAAAGAUAAAAUACCACGAAUACUACGAAUACAAUUUUUUACAAUCAAGUAUUUGAUCAAACACAGCUGUUUGCGUCUGAAAUCUGAAAAUUGUUUAGUAUUUACAGAAGUAAUUACUGAGUAUAAAAGGUUAAAAUGGAAGACCGCGAGAACGAAAACGAACACAUGAAAAGAAACAAGGACCGCAGUCCAUCCCCUGGCAUCAAAUCCACAGCUGUAGUGAAGUACACAGCAUUCCAGAGUCCUGUGGGGUAUGCCAGACUGCAAUGCAAUACUGACCUCAACAUGCCCCCUUCUAAUUGGGGUGCGGCUAUUGACUCAUAUGGUUUGAAACAGAUAUUGACCAGAGGGACUGGGUUUUCAAGCUUUAGAAUGGCCCACAUGUUUCCUGACUGUGUGGGGGAGGUGGAUGUAAUAUCUGAUGCGGAGUGCAUCAAGAAACUACUAAAGUUGCCAUAUCAGCCUAAUGGAACGGUCAGCAUGAUGGUUCAUCGAGUUGAAAACACAUUACUGCUUGACGAUUUCGAUGUGUAUGACUAUCUGAUGAAGUCGGAAUGGUCAUGGCUGAAAGACUUCUUCUAUGAGAACAUAGUGAAGACUAUGUCUGAACAGGAAAGGAUGUCAUUGACUCCCGGUCCGGGGGCGCGGCAAGCAUUACAGUUGACCCAACAGUUUCUGUCACAUAGUGUUGUGGAGCGUCCUUCGCCUUUAGAACCGCCUGCACACGCAGAAAAUACACCCAUGUGUCUUGCUGGUCCAUUUCUACCAGAGCCCGAAACGAAAGUAGAAGGUCCUUCAAAUGAGCAACCUUAUAAUAGAAAUGUACUAUGGACAUUUGAAGACAUUCAUAUGUUGGUUGGCAGUGAUCUACCGAUAUUUGGUGACAAAGACCGUCCUUGUGUCAGUCUCCGCUUAAGAGAUGCAAGAGAUCCUAUCAAUGUACUAACGGGGAUUGAUUAUUGGUUAGAUAACCUAAUGUGUAAUGUCCCAGAGGUAUUAAUGUGUUACCAUUUAGAUGGUAUUGUACAAAAAUAUGAACCGAUGAAGACUGAAGAUUUGCCAAAUAUGGAAAAUUCUAAAUUCUCACCCAAAGUUAUAAGGAAUGUUGCUCAAAAUAUUUUAUCGUUUUUAAAAUCUAAUGUGACAAAAGCUGGUCAUACAUAUUGGUUAUUUAAAGGUCCACAUGAUGAUGUUGUGAAGUUAUAUGAUUUGACAUCUCUUUGUCCGGAUAGUUUGGACAAUCCGUUCACAACUCCGGUUGCUAUGUUACUAUAUAGGGUUGCUAGGAAUAUGAGAUUAACUAACAGGUCCAGACAUGUUAAACAGUUGUUGGAACAUGUUGUUAAGUUGUUGAAAGUUGAAAGAUAUCCGCAGAUUGUGGCUUCUUCACAUUAUAUGUUGGCGGAUUUGUAUGUACCUGCGACUACUAAUCCUGCGUGUCCUGAUUUUAAAGACGAGAGUUCAGAUUCGGAAGACGAAGAAGAUUUUAGUGAGUUUGCGAGAGAAACGACAGGUGGUAAUGAAAAUACGAAUGAAAGAGACGGAGAAGGCGAUACCAAAACGUGUAAGAGAGAUGAAGAUAACGAAAAAGUCGAGAUCACGAGCGAACAUUCAGAUAAGGAGGAAGAAGGUAAUGAGGCAGGGGAAAAGGAGGAGGAAAUUAAGAACAGUGGGGGUCGUGAGUUGGCGCUAAGACAUAUUGGUGACCGGAUCAAAGAUACAGCACCUGAUGCAAAAGCGAAGUCAUCAAAUACAGGAGGUCUCGGUGUACAAGUUCCGGAGAGAUGUGGACGUGCACUGAGACAUGCACUGCGGGGACUUUGUGCACUGCAUCAUGUUACCAUCGGCAGGAAUAAGGAUGAAGAACGCGAACGUUUGAAACAACAGAUAAUAAUAGAAGAGCAACAUCCUAAAAUGGCGAAUCCUUACGAACCAAUCAAAAUGAACUACGAACCUUUAAAUAAAAAGAAGCAAGAUCCCAAAGAACACGUUUCCAGAAGCAGAAGAAGGAAACGAGAAAGAAAAAACACAGAUAAAUCUGGAAAUUAUUUAAUCGAAGCUAAUACGAAUAUAGACAAGAACGCCAUAUUGAUUCGGAAAGAAAACAAAAUGGCGUCCUGGCAUGAACCGAAUCGUGACGAUAAUUUCGCUUGGAAGUUACAUUUGAAGACGUUGUUGUAUGAAAAAAUUUGUCUCGCAUACGCCACUUUAGCGGAAUACAGUUACUCGCAUGAGCAAUAUGGCUUCUCUUUAAAAUAUAUUGACAUGGCGAGUAAAUGUCAAACAUUAUUGAGUAAUAUGAUAAUAAAAAGUCGCGUUGUGGACGCCAGCUGUUUGAUAGGUCGCGUUGGGGAUAAUUUCUUUCAGCUCAGCAAACAUUGGAAUAGAUUGGAACAGUUCAGGAAACAAUUCGAAACGGAUCAUGAAAUUGACGGCAGCAUCAAAAUGGAGAUCGAGAAAGAUAUGUGCGAAGAGAUCGAAGGUGACGCCAAGGAUGAAUUUGAUUUAGAUAUAUCGCUACCAUCAAGUGACACGGACGCGAUGUUGCUCUCGUGUGAGUACUACAGACGCGCGGGACAGUUCGCGGCCGCCAAGAGGUCCGAGUUGUUGCGUCGUCUCGCCUCCGUCUGCAACGAGCUCGCUGUACGCUUCAUGAAUGAUGCACAACAAAUUUAUAUGAAAUACGUCGAAGAACCGGAUCAGAAAGAUCCUAAAGCUAAAUUAUUAUUGAAGCAGUUUACUAAUCUUUCUAAAAGAUCUUCUGAAUGUCUGGACGAGGCGACUGCGAUAUUCGAGAAAGUGAACGAUAUACCUAACUUAGCACUACUUUAUUGUAAUAAAGGAAGAUAUAUGAGAUUUAAGGCGCAUUGUGAUCAAGGUGGAUUCAGUGCGGAAAAACGUAGUCUCUACAACCAGGCGGAAGAACUUUACCUAUCAGCACUAAAGCUGCUGGGUCCUCGCGAGACUUGCGGCGCCACCUCCAUCUGGGAGCUGGUCUGCUGGGAGCUCUCCUGUCAUCUGUACACGCGCGCGGUGCUCAUGCAGGACUGCCCCGGACUCUACACUAAUGAGGUGACUGAAGUAGCGGAGGCGUUCAAACACGCGCUCAAGUACUGUCCUCUGAGUCCCGGACCUCGACAGUACUUGUACCAGUUCAGAGCCGCCAUGAUAUACCACAGGCUGGGCUCGCUCUACCACUCACAGUUCAGAAUAACUCAUGAGGAAGGCGCUCGUCGCCGCGCUCUGUUAAAUGCAACUCGUAUACAAUAUGAGUCAGCUGCGAACUUGUUCGCUGCACUCGAAGACGCCGGUAUGGUGUUAACUGUACGACUGGAACAUGUUGCCGCUAUGGAAACUCAGGCUGCUGUGUCACCUAAUUUAAAACUCAAAUCUUUACAAACCGCUGUCCAACUUUUACGUCAAUGUCAUUCCGUUAUGACGUUACUAAAGAACAAAGACCCAGAAGAGAAGGAGCCACCGAAACCUGAAGAUGCAGAAGAGAAAACAAUAAAGAACGAACAUAGUCUUCUUUCUUUAUACGAAAAUAGGUUGCAUUUUAUUUUGAAAAGUAUUAUACAAUAUUGUAGGUCGAAAUCAAAUAAAGAUUAUGAUAAAAUGACAGAUAUGUAUAAAAAAUUAUAUUGUGCCAGUUUGAAAAUAAAAAAGAAUGACGAUGUAAGGUUAUAUGCGGCCAGUAUCUGUGAUGUACUGACUGCUAUGGACGAGAUAUCAAAGGAGUUCGAAUAGUGCCUUAUUUAAUCUUAAUUUAAAAAUAGAAUCGUAUUUAUUAUCUGUAACCAUCUGCUAAUGUAAUUUAUAACAUGACUGACUGACGAAUAGCGUUUAUUUAAGCGAAUAUAAAAAAUAAUGCAUCUGUUGACGUUUUUCUUCGGAAUAAUUGUCCCAGA